UCUCGAGUCUGUCUUGCUAGGGCUGCAGGUUACUGUCUGGCACUGAGAGGUCCCACUGUGCCUGGCUCAUGUGAGCUCUUCCUGGAAGUGAAGUCGUGCAGUCCUGAACACAGGCAGCCUUGGCCUGGGGAUUUUGGAGUGAUCGCUAACGGGCAAGGUGUUUGGCUUUCUGAGGAAAACCUGCCAGUCAAUCCUGGCCGAGUCUCAGUUCCCAGUAGAACCUGUUGAGAAGAAGGACGAGAACGACAACAUGAAGAGGGAGAGAGAGCAGCUGAGAGAACAUCUCAGUGCCUGGGACUACCCGCACGGUCUCGUUGGUUUACACAACAUUGGACAGACGUGCUGCCUCAACUCUCUGAUUCAGGUGUUCAUGAUGAACAGGGACUUCACCAAGAUACUGAAGAGGAUAACAGUGCCAAGGGGAGCGGAAGAGCAGAGGAGAAGCGUCCCUUUCCAGCUGCUUUUGCUGCUAGAGAAGAUGCAGGACAGCCGGCGGAAAGCGGUGCGCCCCCUGGAGCUCGCCUACUGCCUGCAAAAGUACAAAGUGCCAUUGUUUGUCCAACAUGAUGCUGCUCAACUCUAUCUCACAAUCUGGAACCUAAUUAAGGACCAAAUCACUGAUGUGGACUUGGUGGAGAGGCUGCAGGCCCUGUCUGUGAUCCAGAUGAAGGAGUCCCUGAUUUGCCUGGACUGCGCAGCGGAGCGGAGCAGAGACAGCAGCAUGCUGACUCUCCCCCUUUCUCUUUUUGACACGGCCUCGAAGCCCCUGAAAACACUGGAAGACGCCCUGCACUGUUUCUUGCAGCCCAGGGAGCUGUCGGGCACAAGCAAGUGCUUCUGCGAGAACUGCGGGAAGACGACACGUGGGAAACAGGUCUUGAAGCUGACCUAUCUGCCCCAGACCUUGACAAUCCACCUCAUGCGAUUCUGCAUCAGGAAUUCACAGACAAAAAAGAUCUGCCACUCGCUGUAUUUCCCCCAGAGCCUGGAUUUCGGUCAGGUCCUUCUGACCGAGCAAGGCCUGUCCGACGGCGAGGCGCAGUCCCGACAGUAUGAACUCUUUGCUGUGAUCGCCCACGUAGGAAUGGCCAGCUGUGGUCAUUACUGUGCCUACAUCCGGAAUUCUGUGGAUGGAAAAUGGUUCUGCUUCAAUGACUCCAAUGUUUGCUGGGUGUCCUGGGAAGACAUCCAGUGUACCUACGGAAAUCGUAACUACCAGUGGCAGGAAACUGCAUAUCUUCUGGUUUACAUGAAGAUUGAGUCCUAAUGGGUACACCCUAAACCUUCAGAGAGUGACAAACCAUCAUUUUCCUUUUGUAUUCCUGAAUCUACCUAGUCUAAGAGAUUUUGCAAUGAGGAGAAGCAUCAUUUUUAAACUGUACAAAUAAACCUUAUUUAUAAUCAGGGGUAUUAUCAAAAUAUUUAACAUGACUCUGGACAGGUCCUGAUCAGUCAGAUAGAUACUUUUACCAGUGGACUCUGGCCACAUGGCUAGAUCAGGGUUCUGGGUGUUCCCUGCUGUGCGAGGCACUCACUCUUUUGUUAGGAGAUUGCGGGGUGUCCAGGUGCUCCCAGGGAGGAGAACAGUGGUAGUGGGAGGCAUUUAGGUGGCAAGGGUCAGUGGUAGGAAAGUAUUUCAAUAUUUUAACAACUGAUGUGACCAUACUGGUAUGUACUGGCUGAAUAUCAGUCCUGUUUAUGCUUUAUUGUAUUUUUAG